UUUUGAGGCACUCAUGUAUAUCUCUUGACGCAGUUUCACUUUUCAGAAUGGCUCUAUUGGUUGUGAUACUAGUGGUUGUUAUAUUAGUCCCGCCGACAUGGUGUAUUCCUCUAAAGGAUCUGAUGGAUGAGUUGUUCGAGGGCUACUCACCCGAAGUGCUGCCUCGCUGUAACGCACUAGACACCGUCCAGGUUCAACUCGGACUAGCUGUCCGGCAGAUUGUAGAACUGAAUGAGCCUAGGCAGAUCCUGGAGACGAACACGUGGGUCAGAAUGGUAUGGAACGACUGCCAGUUGACUUGGAACGCGACGGAGACGGGGAUCAAGAACAUCGCCGUGCCCUACAAGAGAGUAUGGAUACCGGACAUCACACUCUAUGAUAAUGCCGAGAACGCGCUGGGCGGCCUGCAACAAUACCGACCUAACGUUUACCCAAACGGCGACGUCUACUACAACUUCCCGUCCGUCAUCCGCAGUCUCUGUAAGGUGGACGUCACUUACUUCCCAUUUGACAUUCAAGUCUGUAAACUGCAGUUUGGUUCAUGGUCAUACCAUGGCUGGGAUCUCAACCUGACAGAGAAGAGCUCGUCGGCCGACACCUCUAUGUUUAUUGCUAACGGCGAGUGGGAAAUUUUAGGUGUACCUACUGAGAGGAAGGAGAUACUUUACGUGUGCUGUCCUGAGCCGUACCCCGACAUUCGGUUCUAUAUACAGAUGCGCCGGAAGCCGCUGUUUUAUUUGCUGAACCUGAUUUUCCCGUGCUCGCUCAUCUCCACGAUAGCGAUUCUGGGCUUUCUGUUGCCGCCGGACUCCGGCGAAAAGGUGUCCCUCGAGAUCACCGUGCUCCUCUCCCUGGCCGUCUUCCUUCUCGUGGUUUCUGAGACCAUGCCGGCCGACUCCGAGACCUUCCCUUAUAUAGGCGUGUAUUUUGCGUGCGCGAUGGGUCUGGUGUCGCUGUCGUGCCUGAUGACGGUCACUGUGCUGAACCUGCACUUCAAAGGCGAGUUCGGGAAGCGGAUGCCGCCCUGGGUCCGCCUCGUCUUCCUCAAUGGGUUCGGCAGGAUUCUCCUUGUCAAGUCAACCGACAAGCUCACACAAUACGACAAGAUAAAGGCACAGAAGAAGCUAGCAGAGGCGUACGAGAACCAAGGUUUCCCCGGGUUGUCGACAGUGGACGAGGAAUCCAACCACAACGAUCAUAUGGACGCGGAGCAACGCACUGUCCUGACGUCCGUCCUAUCAGACCUCAGUGGCUUUAAUAUGGCCGACCUCAAGAAAGUCAAGUUCGACUAUGACACAUCUGCAGAGGUUGUAUCUCUACUUAAGAAGCAGCUAGACUGUUUGGAUAAGAUCCAAGAUCACAUGGAGGAAAAUCGGCGAGAGUCGCUGGGCAUGGACGAGUGGCGGAAGUUGGCGCAAGUCGUGGACCGCUUGUUCUUGGUCCUUUUCUUCCUCAUUCAGUUCGGGACUUCCGCUUUGAUUCUGUUUAGGAUAACUUCUGCAGACCCUGAUGUUGUGCUUAUGAAUACACCUAAAUAG